CACUCCUAGCUAGCACAGUCAGGUCUCGCUUUAUAUCACAGUUCAUUUAUGAUUCGAAGGAUUUUGAGACAGGAUCAUGAUUUAUAGAGGUAUACAUGCCAGGCCUGCCAUCCCAACAACAUAUUUGUGACUAUCCCAUCCAGUCAGCGUGUCCACAGCAGUCAAACUUAUGAUGAUACUAUUGGAUAUUAGGCUAAUUAUUUUCUGGUCUUUGUACAAAGUAAUCAAGACUUUUAAUAUAAGAGUAAAGAGAAAAUAAGCUUUCCAUCAUUUCUCAAAACAUUUGACAAGUUUCUUAGUUGAGAAAAUGGAUGACCCAAUUUCUUCCUCUGAAGAAAACUCCAGUGAAGAGGAUGAGCAAAUGAUGGGAAAUAUCCAAAAUGAAGCACCACUUGUUCCAAAUGAAGACAGAACAUCUCAACUGGGUUCAUUACAAAGCACUUCUUCUAGAGAGCAACAGACCACUGUACCAGAACAACUUGCUCCUGAAGGUAAUUCCUAUGCAGAUGACAAAGGAAUGGUGGAUAAUACUGAACACGAAAAAACAGUAAUCCCAAAUGAUGAUGGAACAUCUCAACUGUGGGCUGCAAGCAAUGUCCCAAGUUCAUCAAGUGGUGCUAAUUCUGGAGAUCAGUAUAGAGCAGAACAACCAACUCCUUCAUCACAAUCACUAUUGCUCAGUGAAAAUGGUAAUCCCAUAUGUCAACCAUGCUGUGAUGAGAUGGAGGUUCCUCAUGCUCAACAUGCUUCAUUGGAAACAGCAGGCGAAAAAUUAGAUGAUGCAGUGCUUGACCCUCAAGAAAUUUCAAUGUCAGAUUCUUCAUAUACAUCAGAACAAGUCGGUAGAUAUCCAGUAGAAUGGGACAGUAAAAACAACUUCAAGUUAAGCAGAGAAGUUUGUAAUGUAAUGGCCAGAAACCCUGACGAAGUAUAUCAUCUAACACCUUGUAAAAAAAUAAGAGAUGAGAUUCGGGAUCCAAGUUGCUAUCUGGUUGACAGUGGUUACCAUGACACCACAUCACGUUCUACAAUGUCUCAGCAACCAGCAAAUGCUACUACCAGUCAUGACAACAGAGUAAGGAAUUUUACAGAGCUCCAACACUCGAGCAAUCUGGCUAGCAGUCCUCAAGACAUUGCAACAGGUUCUACAGGACAAAACAGAUCCACAUUGAGCACGCCCCCGAUACAGAUUGAGUCUCUUGGUGCGUGUGAGGCCGAGCCAUCAUAUGAAGUGCACGAAGGAAGCUCACUUCCGGUAUGUAAUGUCCAGUUUGUACACCAAGGCUAUGCUAUGUUUAACAUGACAGUUCCUAAAGGCACAUAUAUCAACACUCUGAUAACAAUGGACCGGUUCACCCAGCAGAAACGUGCCCUUCUAGGAGACCAAACUUUCUACUUCCUGCAGAAAGGAUGGGUGAAUCUGACAAAAAUUGAAGAGGAUUCUGUCAUCAUCAUUCAGACAUUGUCAAGCAGUCCAAGGGGAGACAAAUCUUGAAACAACAAGCUGCUGGAACGGAGAGGAAAUACAAAGUGCCUUCUGUUGUGCUUGGGACAAAAGGGAAAAGAUAUUAGGCUUUCAAAUAUUCAGUGUCUUGAACAAAACAAUGAGGUCAUGGUUUGAAGGGGAACAUAUCAAGUUUAAUUCUAUUAAUUUAUAUAAAUAAGAAGGUCAUAGGGUCUUCAUUAACAGAAAUUAGUCAAGAGGUUUUUUUUAUCCAUUACAAAUAUUUCAAACUUACAAUUUUCAGAAUAAAAAGUGCAAUGCAUAUCACCUUCUCGUACUUUAACUUGCAUCAAAUCAGCACAGGAGCAGAAAGCUCAAGUGAGGUAUAUCACGUGAGCAUAUAAGGCUCUUAUUAGCUGAAAGCUCACAAAAAAAGUUAAAGAAACAUAUGCCCAAUUGAGUGCACAAGAUUUAUACAUAUCAUAUAUAUACCCUCUUUGAAAGGAUCAAACAUUCUAAAUUUUAACUGGAUUUCAAAUCAAAAUAUUCUGGUAAGUGAACAAAAGAUCAUGUCUCUGUCAAGAAAAGUGAGGACUAAUUAGAGUUUUCAUAUUAAGUGUCAACUGUUAGCAAUUAUGCAAAAGUUAUUCUCUGAACAUUAAGGUUUGAAAACCUAAGACGUAGAUGAUACAUAUUGAUCUUUUUAAAUAUACAAUGUAGCUAUAGCAUAAUAUAAGUUAUAAUGUAGGUUGCUCACAUGGGCAGAGAUUUUCUUACAUGAGCUUGUGUCAUUUUCCACACAUAAGGAAACCAUUGCACAUGUGCAUUCGAGGUGAACAAUUUCUUUGCUGUAUAUUCAUAACGUUACUUAAGUCUUGAUAUUCAUGAAUAUUAUUGCUUAAUUUGCAUACAUUUCUACACUUGUUUCUUGUGUGCUGCUCGUGAUCAUGAGUUAGUUGUCAGUUUCUCAUGUGCAAAGCUUUUUCUCCGAAUUGAAUUAUUUAAAAAACAUUAUAUUUCAAGCGUUUAACCAAAAGUGCAUUUUUAUACUCACAAAAACAACUUAAAUCCUCUGGUUUUGUCUCCAUGCAAGUAUGUCACUCCUCUGUGGCUAAUGCUACAUGUGAUGUAAGUAACCUUCAAUCUAGCUCAUCAUUUUCAAAAAUACCAUGUUUUGUCAUGCCAUAUUGAACCUGCACCAAUGAAAAUGUUUAUCGUAAUGUACUGUGUAUAUUGUCGAGCCUACCAUGAUCAACUGCUAGAUAUUCAUAUUCAUUUUCUAAAUUGCCUAUUGAAAGUAAUAUGUUCCGGCUCACUAGUUACACAAUCAAAUUAAAUAAUUAAAUUAUAUACAAAUAAGGAUGGUAUGAAGAAAAUGAGAUUGUAAAUUUAGUUUUGAUACAUGUUAUAUAUAAACAUGUAGGUUGUUACAAGCUUGAGGGUGUAAUCUUAUUUCUCUUAAAUGUGUUGUAUACAUACAGCAUACUUGUGUAUAUACGGUUUAUUUUAUUGAUUGUUACAACACUGACUGUAGCAGUUUACAUGUGUAUCUCUGUAUGGUGAUGCAUUCCCAAUAUAGUACAUUUAUAUACAUGUAUAUAUAUAAGUACCAGUAAUUCCAAUUCCAUAAAAGCCGAUAUCCACUGUAAUAAACACCCCGCUCCUGUUUUGGACACUUGGUUUAUGUUUCAGUCUUAUAUAUAGAUACAAAUUAUGGUGUUAUAUCCAAGAUAGAAACUUUAAUUACAAUAAAGAGCACAUCAUUUUAUCCUGAAAGCAAUUUAAGCAAUAAAUGAUCUUGAGACUAUAAAAUCCCACACAGAUAUGUGUACAAAUCUACUUGGAUGGACCAAUAGACCAAGCCUACAAAGACACUAAGAAAUUGUUAUUCUUAGGAAGGUUAUAUAGAUUAGAUAAGACCUUGCUGUCUCAUUUUUUUUUCUACAAAAUAUUUUCUUGUUGACUUAGAAUUUGAAUUACGUUUUAAAAGACUAGGGUUUAUUAAGCUAAUAGAAUAAGAAUACUGGAAACUUUAAUUUGUAUGAACUGUUUAGUGAUUUUGUAACAAACUUUAUUUCUCCUUCUAAAUGUAUUAGUGAUGUGUUGUAGUAAGGAAUGCUGUAUCCUCAUUAGAUGGAUCAGCAUGGGGAGAAAGAAUGGCCAAUAAUGGUGAUUAUUCAAAUCUGCAUUUCUGUGAUUCAGAGUUAUUUAGUACAAUGUACAUGUAUUAUUAAGACUGCAAAUGAAAUUUUCAGCCAAAAGAAAAGCCUUACAAUUUUUCAAUGUCACUAUACAGGAGAAUUACAAGAUAAUUUAUGGUGUGAUAUAUAUUAUAAACAUAAGUGACAUUACAUUUAGCAUGUAUUUACAUAGGGUACAUUCCAUGUCUGUUUCUGAUUGGAGGAACUGUAGAAAUGUCUGUUUCUGAUUGGAGGAACUGUAGAAAUGUCUGUUUCUGAUUGGAGGAACUGUAGAAAUGUCUGUUUCUGAUUGGAGGAACUGUAGAGCACGAGUUGCAUUCAUUAGAGUUAGAUGACUUUUGUAUCAAAUCUAUAACUUGCGUUAUGUGCAGACUUUACUACAACUGAUGUUUUAACCUAAGCUCCAUACUACGUCAGUUGUAUGUUGGUUAAUGGUCAGCUCUCUUCCCUGAAUUAGGAUAACUUAAGGAACCUUAUAAUUAACACAUUUAAAGGAGUGAUCAGUGAACUCCAGGGCCACUUUGUAAUACAAUUAUUGUUUUGAAAUUUAUUAGGUAUAUUGUUUUCAUGCACGCCCUUUAUUUUUUCAGUUUUCAAUAAUUGCAUAUUAUUUAAUUUUUGUUGUGUUUUUUAAAGGGACAUCACG